UUAACUUGGCAAGCUAUGGGGGCGUAGGGACAUUUUGAGAUUAUAAUGGUAGUGUGUAAUGCCACCUACUCUUCAACAAAAUAUUAAUAUAACUCUGGAAGUUCCAUUAUGCAUCUGGACAGUAUUUAUAUGGGGAGAUGUAACUCUUACGGACUCAGACUAAAGAGGAACCAAGACAACAACAGGGCAAAAGCCAGACCUUCGACAUAUCUUAAACCAUCAUGAAGACUACCUGCUUGGCUCUUGGGUUAUUGCUGCUGACAGUGUUCCACUCCUAUGCUACCCCUCUUGGACUGCAGACAUCACCAGAAAGCUGCUGUUUCCACUUCCUCAAAGUGAGUGUCCCCCACAAAAAGAUUGUCUCAAUCCAGAAGACUCACAGUGGCUGCCCCCUACCAGCAUUUGUGGUCAAAACUGUCAAGGGGAAAUUGAUUUGCUUCCAGUUGAGUGAGCGGUGGGUACAGAAAGCCUUCAACCAGCUCAAAUAGCCAGCAGCUGUGGCCACAUGUAGAGGCAUUGAGAGUUCCAGUCAUCCUUGACAACCUCCUCAUCAUGACUCAAGCCUCACCAGCUCCAUGAAGACUACUCUAUUCUCAACAUACAAGUAGAGACAGAGUUUUAAUGUAGCUCACUGGAUGGCACCAAACGGUUGGUUAUCAUCUUACCCCAUGUUUUACUGUAUAUGUUCACUUUACUAUAAAAACUUUCAGAACUAUUUCCUAUAACACUUAACAGUAAGAAAGUGACAUGUUUAUCACUUUGAAAUGCAGCAAUAACUAUUUUGCAAUAUAUGGAAUUGAUAUGAGUUAAGAUGCACAUGCACGUUAUUGUGUUUUAAUGUACUGUAUGUGAGAAUCCACUGCUUUAAUAAAAGGAGAGGAAACAUUUCACUUAAGCAUAACCUUCUCAUCUUUAAUAUUAAUAAUGUACAGUUAGAGAGAACAGAUGAUAAUAAAAUGAAGAACAGAAUAAAGCUGAAGAGUGUAGAUAUAUAUAAAAAAUUUAAAAAAACAACUCCUAAAGUUAUGGCUACCUUCAACAUUAUUAGAUAGGGGAGUGGUUAAAGAAUGAUUUAGGAAAAGUUUGUCUCAGACCUUAGCUCAAAUGAGCCUUUAAGACUUCUCAGACCACGGACUAACUUCUGACUAUUACAACUCAGAGACCUGCAACAAGAGACUGGUCCUGAGAAAGCAUACAGUUGGCAUAGAGUAUAAUUGUGUGUGUGUGAGAGUGUGGUUUGUGAAGGCAGUGUAGGUUGGGUCAGAGGUUGUCUUCUGGGAUUUGGGGCUUGUGUUCAGUUGUGAAGUAUAUAACAAUUUACAGUCAAUUCCAUUAUGUAUGUGAACCAGAAGAAAAUUACAGGGGUUUUAUGUGUGUUGUAUUUAUCUGUGCAUUUUCUGUGUCCCUUUUGCAUGUCUUCAAGUGCAUCUUAAGAUUUCUAGGGGUUUGUCAAAUUAAGACUACACUAAUUCAGGGGAUUGUUGUCCAACCAUACAUACAUAAUAUAUUCAAAUAAAACUUGACGGACCUCAGAGAGGUAAGGGUU